AUGGAGUUACAGGGACGAUCAGUAAAUCUGAGGACUUUUUACUCAGUUUGGUGUAAACUUAGGGAGUCACUGGUCAUAGUUACAUCGGAUUUAGCAAUGAGUGUUUUAAAUGAGAUGAAUAAAAGACACAGUAAGCUGUUUGACAAUAUUUUAAUAUACUGUGCUAUGUAUCUGGAUCCAAGCUACCAAGGCAUUUUGACAGUGGAUGCCAAACAGCAGGCCAAACUGCAUUUGGCAAAAACUUGGAAGUUAUUAGGCCAUUUGAACCAUGUUAUACCAGCUAAUGUUGUAACUGAGACAGUAAAUAAUCCAAAUCUGUCCGAUGAUGAUAUGGAUGUAACAGAUAGGUUUGAAUCGUUUUUGAGGAGUCACUCAUCUACACCGACUGCAACUGCAAAUAUUCCUUCUGUUCCAUCCAUUGAAACCUUAUUGGAACAAUAUGACCGGGUACCGUACCAAUCUUACAAAUUAGAUAUUAUGGAGUAUUGGACCACUAAGAAACAUCUGAUGCCAGAGCUAUAUGAGCUUUCCAAAGUUUUAAUGGCCAUUCCUGCUACUCAGGUGUCUGUGGAAAGGUGUUUUUCGGGGUUGAAGUUUAUUCUGUCUGACCUCCGUUCAACUAUGUCGAAAGACUUGGUUGAACAUAUAAUGGUAAUAAGAGGCAUCAAUAAAUUAUAA